AUGUUUCAGCUCCAGAGUAAGACGUCUGCUCCAUCUCCAUGUUACUCCUGGAGGUAUUCAAAGAUAUAUGUGGAAACUGCGCCAUUGCUUCACAGAGAUGAUCAGCAAGUCAUGGUUCAAGAAGGAAGGCUUUUACUUGAUUAUGUUACCAUGAAUGCUAUUGCUAUUCAAAAGAUAUUAAAGAAGGACAUGGAACUUUUGCAGUCACCUUGGCUAAUUGAACUAGGUGCAUUUUAUACUGAGACUGCGGCGAUUGAAGUCAAGCUCUUCAACCGCUGGACCUUCGACGAUGUCAAUGUGAGUGACAUGUCUUUGGUAGAUUAUAUUGCUGUCAGGGCUGAGAAGCACGCCACAUAUCUACCACAUACUGCUGGACGGUAUUCUGUGAAGAGGUUCCGGAAGGCCCAAUGCCCUAUUGUAGAGAGAUUGACUAACUCUCUGAUGAUGCACGGUCGCAACAAUGGCAAGAAGCUGAAGGCAGUUCGCAUUGUCAAGCAUGCAAUGGAGCUAAUUCAUCUCCUUACUGACCUUAACCCCAUUCAAGUGAUCGUGGAUGCUGUCAUUAAUAGUGGACCAAGAGAAGAUGCUACCAGAAUUGGAUCAGCUGGUGUGGUGAGACGUCAAGCUGUUGAUAUCUCCCCAUUGAGGAGGGUGAACCAGGCUAUUUACCUUCUUACCACUGGAGCAAGAGAGAGCGCAUUCAGAAACAUCAAGACAAUUGCUGAAUGUCUUGCAGAUGAGCUCAUUAAUGCUGCCAAGGGUUCUUCCAACAGUUAUGCUAUCAAGAAGAAGGACGAGAUUGAACGAGUUGCCAAGGCCAACCGUUGAGCAACAAUGAUGCUUUUAUCUCAAAAAAUUUCGCUUGGAUCAGUUUUUAUGUUUUAUUCAAAUUUUGUUGCGACUUCUAUGACACCUUAGCCUCGUUAUCCCUUUAUUUGGUGUACUUAGUCCUGGCCUUAUAACUUAUCCAGUUGUUGAAAUUCUUUAUUUGAUGCUGUUAUGUUUUAUUUUGAACCGUUAAAAUGUUUGAGGGUUGGUUCUCUUUACCUUGAA